CUUUAUUUUUCUUUCGACCGCCUCAAUCGCCACCUAAACACGUGGCCGACUUUCAAGCCAGCGCCCACAUUUUUCCUCUUCUUUUUUUCUUCUGUGUGUUCUUUCUUCCACUUGAUUGAUUCAUCGCUGUGAUGAUCACGUAAGGAGCUAUCGAGAAGAAGAGGAAGGGAUCAUCCAUCCGCACGCCAGCCAGCGAGAUUCGGUCAAGAAAGAGAGGCGAGCGCAAUCCAAUCGCCUUAGAAAGCUCGGCAUUCCUCGGGAGCUCAUCGAUCCAAUUUCGCUCGAUCGAUCUAUGGACAGCGGCGGCAAGCCGCGCACAGCGCCUCCAUCCGAGCAGCUCAAUCUCCCCGCGGGCUUUCGAUUCCACCCCACGGACGAGGAGCUCGUCGUGAGCUACCUGGCGAUCAAGGCGGAGAGCCGGCCAUUCGCGAUCCCUAUCAUCGCCGAGAUCGAUCUCUACAAGUUUGAUCCGUGGGAGCUCCCGGAGAAGGCCCUGUUUGGGGAGAGGGAGUGGUACUUCUUUAGCCCCAGGGACCGGAAGUACCCCAAUGGCGCGCGCCCCAACCGGGCUGCCGCAUCCGGGUAUUGGAAGGCCACCGGCACGGACAAGCCCAUUCUUAGCAAGGGCAAGAAGGUAGGGGUGAAGAAGGCGCUCGUCUUCUACAAGGGCAAGGCGCCCAAGGGAUCCAAGACGAAUUGGAUCAUGCACGAGUACCGCCUCGCCGAUAGCAGCGCCAAGGCCGCCGCAGCGAUUCCGGCCAUGCGCAAGAAAGGAUCGCUCAGGCUCGACGACUGGGUACUGUGCCGGAUUUACAAGAAGAGCAGUGGAGCAUUCAAGCCGAUGCUAUCCGGCAGCACCACGCCCAGGAGCAGCAUGAAAUCCGAGCCGCCAGAGGAGGAGCUCGACGACGUUCUAGCAUCUCUCCCCGACAUCGACGACAACUCUCGCCUCUACAAAAUCCCACCCUUCGGAUCAUCCUCGUCGGCGCAGCUAGCCACGCAGUUCGUAGGAGGAUUAUCGUCAGCUCCUCCGCCAUCUCAGCAGCAGGAACUCUUCGAAUCCUCGUCCCAGCAGCAGCAAACUUCCGAGAGCUUUGACCACUACCACCAUCAAUCCUCGUCACUUACCAGCGGCGGCUAUGGUGGCGGCGGCGGCGGCGGCGGCUAUGGCUUCCAGACCUUCUUGGGCGAUAAGUUCCACAAUACCGGCAACACGACCAUGGUGAUGAUGAGCAAGGUGAAUCCCUGGGCCUACGAUCAAUCCCUCAACACCCAAUCGUUCCAGGCUGCCAAUACUCCCCCGAGCUCUUUGCAGCAGCCCAGGAUCAUCAAUCCUCCUCCCAUGAAGCUGGAGUCGGUGCCCAGCAACAUCAGCGAGAUCUUGCUCCAGAUCCAGCAGAGCUCCGCCGCCGCCGCCGCCGCCGCCAAGAAGAGGCCGCGCUUGGAAUUCGAGGACGAGGACGACGUCCGGAGUACGUGCCGAUCGCCCAUCCCGCGGGCCAAGCAGGGAUUUGCCUACGAUCUGUCCACCGCGAUGCUCUACUCGUGAUCUUCUCGCGCGGCGGCGGCCAUCGCAUUUUCUUCUCGGCGAAAGAUCGGUGGAGAAUCGAUGCUAGAAGAGAGUGAGCUUAGAGAAAAUACCAGAGAAUGUUUUUCGAUUCUCUUCCCCUGAUGUACAGAUAUUGUGAUGUUAAAACGAAGAAAAAAAAAAAAAAAAUCCUUGUGAAAGAUUUUGACC